GGUCGGACAGGGAAACAAACGUCUCACUAAUGUCACACGGACUAGGACUCGAUUUGUCCGGUGAGGACUUGUUCAUCAGCCGGUUUCCCGUUCACCGAGCAUGUCGGGAUGGAGAUGUUGGAGCUUUGUUUUCCUUGAUCCAACUGAACCAAGCUCAUCUGACCGCGGAGGACUCGAAUUACGGAUGGACCCCUCUACACUGGGCUGCUCACUACGGACAGCUGGACUGCGUGGCGCUCCUGGUCCAGAUGGGUUGUGAGGUGAACACCGGGACCAGCCGCUUUAACCAGACCCCUCUGCACACGUCAGCGUUUGGAGGACAUCCUCACUGCGUGGUGUGGCUCACUCAGGCUGGAGCCGACGUCAACAGCCAGGACUUUGUAGGUGAGGCUCCCAUCCACAAGGCUGCCCGCUCCGGGAGCUUGGAGUGUAUCCAGGUCCUGCUGCUCGCUGCUGCUAAACCACAUUUAAGGAACGCCAGUGGACAGACCGCAGCAGACCUGGCCCACGCUAAAGGCUUCCUCGACUGCUUCAGCUUCAUCUCCAAAACCAAGAAGCACUUGCUGCAGCUCGGUGGAGUGCACAAAGGGAAUAGCGCCCCGUGUGGUCAGGCCCUGCACAGCAGGAAGAGGCUGCAGACCGCUGAGGAUACUGGGCACAUGAAGAAAGCCAGGGCAGCUGAGACCGUGUUGGAGCAGAGCCGUGGAGGUGACGAACUGGAGAGCAUGAACAUAGACCCAGCCACAACGCUGGGCCCUCGUCAGACUCCGCCUCCUGGGGACCAGGAGGAGCCACAGUCGGCCUCCUCACCAACAGCCAAUCAGCCGGCUGCAACAGCGCCACCUCAGCGCUCGUCCGCUGACAUGUGUGGUUCCCUGCAUCUGACCAGCAGCUCCGUGUUCCACUCGCCAACCUGGGGGGGGGCGAGUGGAGCGGACCGCAGGGACUUCCUGCAUUACGGACACUACCACGGCUUUGGAGACACCGCAGAGGAACUGAGUGACUACGAUCUCCAGGAGGAGCACGGAGACAAGCAGCCUGUGUAGCAGGACACUUGAGGAGACGGGGACAGACGUGUCUCUCCCUCAUUAAGACAAACCCAGAGGUCGCCCUCCAUCGUACUCCAACCCAUGGACGUGGACCAUAAUAAACGGAUGCUAACUGCACGGCAGAUGCUUUUCACACGUGAUGCCAAAGAGACCCCCCCCCCCCCCCCACACACACCAAAUGUUUCAAUUAAAAAUACAAAUGUACUACCAUAAUUCAACUGCAGUGAGCAUUGUUGGGGAUAAUACAUGUUUGCAGCAUGUAGCAUUGGCAUAGCUAACACCACUUAACCCUGGGUUAAGGUCUUGUGGUGGUCCUGUCCAGAGUGGGGUUGCCAGGUGUCCAUGCUGUCAGCACUGAAGCUUACCCGGGGGGGGGGGGUGCUAAGCUAAAUAAUCUGUCUGUUGGGAGCAUAUUAAUAUUGAUGUGGGUUGUCCUAGAGACAUGUGGAGGAUGUCAGAGUGCUUCUUCAUGUUGUGUCGGUGAAUUUGUCAUCUCCUGCAGAUGGGUCCCAGGUAGCUCCUCCUCCUCCUCCAGGCGUUUUGCACUAUGAAGGCCAGUGUGCUGAUGUGGUGCUGUGUCCUCUCUACCAAAGGGAACAUUCAAGGAGGGUGCUUAUAUGUUGGAUGUCUUUAUUCCCAGCUGUACAUUGUUUUUUUUGUAAUGCUAGCCGUAGACUUUGGGAUGCUUGUUAAUCUACACCAUUGCUUUUAUACUGGUCUAUUAAACCUGUUUUACAGUUUUAUAAAAAUGCGCUUUGAAUUCUU